AAAGGAUUCAGUUCCUGGAUUGGUCACGUGAUUCUUUCUUAAAGCAAUACACGCACCGAUACGGGGUUUCACUCUUCAGCUCUCGGCACUGUGCUAAACGCACCAGUGUCGCUCGUCCCAUCUCAGUUGUUUAGUAUUUUAAGUUCUUUCACGGGACAUCGGCGUGUGUUGUGAGCUCGCAACAUGAACAAAGUGGCUUCAUUUGUGCUCGUUUGGAGUCACGUCGCUUCUGCCGCCCUCCACUCUCUGUGGCACGUGUACACGGUGACCAGCAACAUCCCGCGUCUUCCGUCCAUGAUGGCGGUGGUGGUGGUGGACGGCGUGAUGACGGAAUAUUAUGACAGCCGCACAGAGGUGGCCGUGGCCAAACAAAACUGGAUGGACGCCAUCCUCCACGAAGAACCUAACUACUGGGAAAAGCAGACGACUUUCUGGCAAAAACAGGAAUACUAUGGAAACAUCAACAUGCAAAUACUAAAGGAUAGAUUCAACCAAUCAGACGGCGUCCACGUGUUCCAGGUGCUGCACGGCUGCGAGUACGACGACGAGACCGGUACGGUCUUGGGAUUCAACCAUCACAGUUACGACGGCGACACCACACUGGUUCUGGACAUGGAGCGUCGGCAGUGGAUAUGGCUCCAGCCUCAGCUGGAGAAAACAGGCCGCAAGUGGAACCAAAUGGAGCGCUGGCUGGGGUUCAUGGAGGAACGCCUGCUCAAGGAAUGUCCUAAUCGCCUGAACAAGACACUGGAAUCUGGGAAGAGCAUCCUACAGAGGACACAGCGGCCCCUGAUGUCUCUGCUGCAGACACGGCCAUCGGCCCCGGUCACAUGUCACGCCACGGGAUUCUACCCCGACAAAGUGGACAUAUUCUGGGCGCAUGACAGCGAUCAGCUUCACGAGCACGUGGUGCAUGGCCAGUUACUUCCCAACCACGAUGGAACCUUCCAGAUCAGCGUCAGCCUGGAUGUGGGCGCUGUGCCGCCCUCCGACUGGCACCGCUACAAUUGCAUCUUCAGUCUCUCCGGACUACCCGAGGAGAUCAUCACCACGUUGGACGCCGCCUCCAUCAAAACAAAUUACGUGAAGCCUGUGGAUCACACCAGCAUCAUCGUGGCCACCAUCACGUUCAUCGCUGUUACGGUCCUGUCUGUAGGCGUCGGCAUUUUUGUCUACAGGAAGAGACGACGUGAGCACCGUAACGGGACGUUACAGCAGCGACAAGCAGAUUCCCCAAGCUGCGUGUAUACUGACACCGGGGAAAAUUUCCUGCCUGGUGAGUACUGAAUAUUUUUUCAGCUGCAGCAGCUGAGACAUCGCAAGGUACACUUGGAAGACACGCUGUGGUCAUAUGAUACCAGGUAUCACCACGUCUUGACUCAACAAAGGUUGGGAAAUGCUGCUUGUCACUUUGGGGGACAGCUCAGGACCGCCAGGAAAGGAAACACCAUCACUUGGAACCUUCAGAAUAAAACUCGUGUUGAUGCUGCUGAUGAUGACGAAGGCAACUAUCAUGAUUGUAAUAAUGGCAAUGAUGAUGACAAAAAUCAUGAUGAUGAUCUUGAUUGUGGCAGACACCAAUGUGGAUAAUGUUGACAAUGACAAAAAUGAUGGUGAUGAUGAGGUCAUGUGACUGCACCUAAACAUGAUUCGCUCAUCCGAGGCAAUUCGAUGACGGCCACCCUUCAGUCGCAACAUAGACAAAUAAAUGGAUUGGUUGCCCGUCACUCAAAGGACUUUUAUAGAACACAGCAUUAGUAACUGCAGCAUGCUAAAGGUAACUUUUCUGACUCUGAAUCUUGUUGCUGUGAAGUUGAUAUGCUCACCACAUUUCUCCACCUCACUGCACACAUGCGACUGCUAAUAUUACAGCAUUUUAUUGCUUUUUUUUUUUCUUCUGGUGUCACAGCAAUAAGAUUCCAUAAGUGUGUGAGUGGCUAGCCAAAAUGUAUGCAUACUGUCUUAAUAAUUAAAACUCAUUCACUCCGUUGACAAGAACACUUGUCUAUUCCGUUUUUUCAACCGGUCUAGGUUGGUGAGCAUCUGAUGCUACUCCACUGUAAAUUUCAAGCUUGGAAACAGCAUUACUGAUGCACAGCCAUACACAAUAACUGACAUUGAUGCCCCAUUUUAAAUUUGAGAUCAGUACAAUUUGUGAGUCCACUGGUAGAAAUGGCUGCAUUUUGUGCAACCUACCUUUUUCUACUACUGAUUAGCAAAGAAGAAAAAAGGG